GUCAUUUUGCUGUUAAUCUUGGUCGCAGAUAUUGUGGUCUACAUUCUCUUUCUAGCAGACUUCUAUUAUCUACCAUUCCGUAUUGCACCCUAUCUCCGUGUGGUGUUCUUUAUUUUGAACAUUAGGGAAUUACGAGAUAGCUUCUUCAUCCUUGCAGGAAUGCUUGGUACCUACCUUAAUGUUGUGGCUCUAUCUGCUUUAUUUCUUCUGUUCUCGAGCUGGUUAGCAUACGUCUUCUUUGAAGACACGCGUCAGGGGAAGACAACGUUUACUUCGUACGGCACCACGUUGUACCAAAUGUUUGUCUUAUUCACAACAUCAAACAAUCCAGAUGUCUGGAUUCCUGCGUACAAGGACUCACGUUGGUACUGCUUGUUUUUUGUUCUGUACGUGCUAUUGGGCGUUUACUUUGUUACCAACUUAAUUCUUGCUGUUGUAUAUGAUAGCUUCAAAAGUGAGCUUGUAAAACAAGUGGCUGAUAAAGAUCGUUUGAGGCUAAGGACUUUGAAGAAAGCAUUUAGCUUGAUUGAUGAAGCUAACAAUGGGCACCUCAACGAGAAGCAAUGUACCCUUCUGUUUGAGGAACUUAACAAAUACAGGACAUUGCCGAAAAUAUCAGGAGAUGAUUUUAAGUCAAUAUUCAGUGAGCUGGAUGAUACUGGUGACUUUAAGAUAAAUUUGGAUGAAUUUGCUGAUCUGUGCACUGCCAUUGGACUAAGAUUUCAGAAAGAAGAUUCACUGCCAAUCUUUGAAGCAUGUCCAAAUUUCUAUCAUUCACCAGCAUCAGAGAAGUUGAGAGGCUUCGUCCGUGGAGCUACGUUUGAGUACAUAAUAGUGUUCGUUCUCCUUGUCAAUCUUGUUGCUGUUAUUAUUGAAACUACGCUUGAUAUACAGAACAACUCAGGUCAAACCUUUUGGCAGAAGGUGGAGUUCACCUUUGGCUGGCUGUAUGUUAUUGAGAUGGCACUAAAAGUGUAUACUUACGGUUUUGAGAACUAUUGGAGGGAUGGUCAAAAUCGAUUUGAUUUUGUCGUCACUUGGGUCAUUGUUAUUGGAGAAACAGCUACUUUUGUAGCCCCUGAUGGUCUGACUUUCUUGUCCAAUGGAGAAUGGAUUCGCUAUCUUCUUAUCGCAAGAAUGUUACGAUUAAUAAGACUCUUGAUGCACGUUGAACGCUAUCGUGCUUUUGUUGCCACAUUUUUUACCCUUAUACCAAGUCUGGUGCCAUACUUGGGGACCAUAUUCUGCAUCUUAUGCUUUUAUUGCUCUCUUGGUUUACAGAUCUUUGGGGGGAUUGUCAACACUGGAAACCCCAAUUUAGCCCAAACUGAUCUUGCUGGUAACGACUAUUUGCUUUUUAACUUCAAUGACUAUCCAAAUGGCAUGGUCACACUUUUCAAUAUAUUGGUGAUGGGAAACUGGCAAGUGUGGAUGCAGAGCUACAAGGAACUAACGGGAACUGCCUGGACUUAUGCCUACUUUGUCAGCUUCUAUCUUAUCUCAGUUUUGUGGCUGUUAAAUUUGAUUGUAGCAUUUGUCUUGGAAGCAUUUCAAGCAGAAGUAGAUCUAGAGGCAUCAGCGAGAUGUGUGGAUGGUGAUGACAAGGAAGCAAAAAGUGAGCGGCGACGUAAUGUUGGCACUAAGACUCGGAGCCAGCGAGUAGAUUUCCUCCUCCAUCACAUGUUGAGAUCUGAACUAACAGAAUGCUCCAAUGAGAAUCCAUAAGUUUGCUCCUUUCUCCAUGCUGCUUUCUGCAGUCGUGUGAACAUCAGAAGUUGAGUUAUUUUGGUGGUGAAGAGAAAGCAAUGUACAUCUCCAACUAAUUAUGUGUGUGUAUCGUGAAUUGUAGUGUGCUCUGUAGUAUAAAUUCCAUCAAGCCUAAACAAAAUUUUAGCUGCUCCACUCAAACAAGCAAUUAGCCAAAGUAAUGUAGUAGUAUCAUUUAUCUGCACCUUUGGGAAAGGAUGUAAGGAAAAGAUGCCCUUGUUUCACCUAUGAACACCUCACACGCUGCUUUUUUCUCAAUAUUGUACGUUGCUUGCUUCUAGUUUUUCACUCUGCUGCUCAAACAUUCAAGUUAAAACAUGAUGUACUCAACAAUUUUUAGUUUUUCA